CCAGAACAGGAAGUGGAUACGACAGAGCUAGCUCAGCUAUCCGGAAGAAGUAGCCGCCCGAAGGCAAAACUGUCUGCUAACAGCUCGACGUUGUAGUAAAUAGUUUUGUUUGCACAGGUCCUCUAGUCGGGUAGACUGCUAUCAUGUUGCCGGCGAAUUUGGAGGAGUUUUCCUUCAUCCAGGAGGAUGAAGUCGGUGGGACUUUGUAGUCUCGCCACAGCUUCCUGAUGCUCGUUGUCCCCAAGUUAGCUCCUUUUGGACACGUAGCUCGGGGAAUGAUAAUGCACAGUACGGCGGUGUCACAAGACCCUUCCCACGGUGUAGGGGAAAGGGGGGAGAUGGUGCACACAAUAUCCAAGGAGACUCUGGGGUCUCCAGAUGCGUCUGAGCUGGGAAGCCCGAGAUCUACACUGAACUUUGACCUCCUCAACAUGGUCUUGUCGUACAAGAGAAUGGCGCUCUUUUUAGAACCUGUGACAGAUGUAAUGGAGUUGGCUCGCUUCCUGCUCGGGUGGAAGAUGCCUCUGUGUUCGCUGCUCGUCUGUGUAUUCCUCGAUGUCUUCUUCUGCACUAUCAACGAAGUGGGUUGGUUGUCUGUAUGUUUGGUGGCAGUCACGGUGCCUGCUGCUUUGGGCUACCUGCAGGACAGGUGCUGGGGCAGAGCCUCAGAAGCUGAGCUCCAGAGGAGACGCUAUCAUACCGUGCACCGCCGAGACUUGCAGACGGUGCACCUCAGUAAACAGGAGGCCAUGCUGGAAGUCAAAGACCUGUUGAAGCACCUGGAUGACAUGCUUUCUUCAGCCUGUCAAUCAGCAGAAACACUGUACAAAGUUCUGUACUGGGACAAUCACACCACGUCAUCAAGAUUCUAUGGAGGAAUGUUUACAGUGGUGUGUCUUCUCUACCUCGCUCCUGUGGGCUGGGUGCUCGCUGGGUUGAACAGUACCAUCUUCCUCUGGAACAGAGACUUCCACAGAGUUUUGUUGGACCUGAAGAAGUUGUUCCAUUUGGGCCAGGACCGCACCUCAGAGGCAGUGUGUGAAGAACAGGAGCAGAGCAACAUCGUGGACAGAACUCCCACACCAACCAGUCUGGAGGACAUGUCACCUGGCAGUGUCGAGGAAGCUGAAGAGGCUGAGCCUGAUGACGAAUUUAAAGACGCAAUCGAGGAAAGUUCAGUUCCCCUGCAGGAAACCCCUUUGGUGUUGGUGGAGGACGAUGAUGGUCCUCUUGGAGCUCCGGAGUUUGACACAGUCUCUGAAAACGGUCUCCUGAGUCGCAACGAACCGAUACGCAGCAAAGUAUCCAAGCUUACAGAGAAACUGCGCAAGCGCUACCCGGCUACUGGAGCAGGCAACUGCGCAAGCUGCAAUGCUGUCUUCUCAGUGCUGAAGAAAAGGAAGAACUGUAGUAACUGUGGCAACAGCUUUUGUUCGCGAUGCUGUUCUUUCAAGGUGCCCAGGUCUUGCAUGGGAGCCACAGCUCCAGAGGCCCAGCGAGAGACCGUGUUCGUUUGUGCUGCCUGCAAUUCCUCUCUCAUCAAGUUACAAUGACACGUCAGCUGUAUAACGCAGCAGAAUUUCCUCACGGUUUGCUUCUAAAACGCCUCACUAAGUUACUAAACCCUCAACGUUACAUGUCUAGAUACAGGGUGACCCAAAAAGAUGCGUACCCAUGAAAAUUUCAAUUGUGACUUUGA